AUGGCUAUGGUCAAGUACUGGGGUGACGAAAAGCACGCGGAAUGUCUUGUUGGAGCCGAUGGCACGAUGGAUUCGCGCCACUUCAAUGUGUUUUUUGCAACCUACCGUGCAUUUGCCGAACCAACCAAUGUACUUGAUCGAUUGCUGAGGCGGUACGAAUCGCUUGAGAAAGAAGUGAUUUCCAGCACAUCGGCGCUCGUUAUUCAGAACUCUAUUCGCUCGAUAUUGAUUUGCUGGUUGGAUAUGUAUCCAGAGGAUUUUUAUGAUCCGGACUGCGAUUUCGCAAUGCUCACAAAUUUGCUGGAUUUUGGUCAACGGAGCAAGUUAUCGGAUCUACGUGCAAAAUCAAGAAAGUUGCUGGAGCGUUUCAAGCACAUACAGGAAGAAGGCGGUAUGAUAGCUGCUCUUCCUUCUUUGGACCAGCUAGCCUAUGCAUUCGGAUACGAUGCUUCCGAGUAUUCCAAAAAUCCACAAGAAAAGGUCAAAAUGUUCGACGUGGGUAGUGAAAACUGUGUUCAAAUCGCGGAACAGCUGACAUUCUGGGAUGCGGAGCUUUUCCGUGAGUUGAUCAUCCAUCAAUGUCAAGGAUGUGUAUGGUCGAAAAGGCAUCGAUUGAGCAACGAUAAGGUCUAUACUGUUAAAGCAACCAUCGACCAGGUUAGC